UCUAUUAGCCGUCUUUAAACUUGUCUUCAACUAGGCCUCCUCCACCGUUUUAAACUUGUCUUCUCCUUCUCCUAUUUAAUUCCCUCUUCUUCCCCCUUCCCUCUUCAAAUCAAAAUCAAAUCUUUCUACACUGGUUAUUUCUCUAUCACUCUUUUUCUAUCAAUCUCUCUUCCUCCUUUUAGAACAUGACUUCUUCUUCUUCUUGCAAGAGGAAAAAGAUCUCCCCUUAAAAUCCAUCUUUUAAUUUAUUGUUAGCAAUUUACAGGCAGCAAACCAUGAAAAUUCUCCUUGUCCCAAUCUUACUUUUGUUCGUAAUACUCAGUCUACUGUUUCUGCUUCGUGUCCUUUUGUUCAAAACUGGGCUAAUUUACAUCACCAAAAAAUGGUGGAGAUCAAUAGAAGAUUGUUUCCAUGUCUAUCAAUUCUUCAAAGUCCCAGAAUUCAAUGAGAACAUGCAAAAAAAUCAUCUUUAUCGAAAAGUCUCUAUUUAUCUCAGCUCUAUAGCUUCCAUCGAAGACUCUGAUUUCACCAAUCUAUUCACCGGCAAAAAACCCCACGACAUCGUCCUUCAUCUCGACCCGAACCAGGUCAUAGAUGAUUAUUUCCUUGGCGCAAGAGUUUCUUGGAUUAACCAGGAAAAAAACGAUACCAAUCGUUGCAGAACCUUCGUUCUGAAGAUCAGAAGAACCGAUAAGCGCAAAAUUCUGCGUCCUUAUCUGCAGCACAUCCACAUAACUUCAGACGAGCUCGAGCAAAAGAAGAAAGAUGUGAAGCUCUACAUAAAUAACGACAGUCCUGGGCAAAGCGGACACUGGAGAUCCGUUCCGUUCAAACAUCCGUCGACGUUUGAUACAAUUGCAAUGGAAUCUGAUCUCAAGAAUAAGUUGAAAUCAGAUCUUGAGUCGUUCCUCAAAGCCAAACAUUACUACCAUCGGCUGGGGCGUGCUUGGAAGCGAAGCUACUUGUUGUACGGCCCAUCCGGUACUGGAAAAUCCAGCUUUGUUGCGGCCAUUGCUAAUUUUCUUGGCUACGAUGUGUAUGAUAUUGAUCUUUCAAGGGUUUUAGAUGAUUCGGGUAUGAAAAUGUUAUUGUUACAGACGACAUGCAAGUCAGUGAUUUUGAUUGAAGACCUUGAUCGAUUUUUUAUGGAUAAAUCAACGAGGGUCAGCUUGUCAGGUAUUUUGAACUUCAUGGAUGGGGCAUUAAAUUCUUGCUGUGCAGACGAAAGAAUCAUGGUUUAUACGAUGAAUUGUAAAGAUCAUGCUGAUCCGGCUAUUCUUAGACCCGGUCGGGUUGAUGUUCAUAUUCAUUUCCCUUUGUGUGAUUUCUCUGCUUUCAAAACAUUGGCUCAUAAUUACUUGGGUGUUAAGGAUCAUAAAUUGUUUCCUCAAGUAGAGGAGUUUUUUCAAACCGGGGCCAGUUUGAGCGCAGCUGAGAUUGGGGAGCUUAUGAUUGCCAACAGGAAUUCGCCUAGUCGGGCCUUGAAAUCGGUCGUUGCUGCUUUGCAAACGGACGGUGAUAGAAGGGGGUCUUUGAACAUUAGAAGACAGUGGACUGAUAAUUCUUCAAGGAAGUCAACUGAUGAUUCAGGGGAACAGUCGGGGGUUUUUUCCAAGGAGGGUGUAAAUGCCACGAAGGAUAUUAGAAAACUGUAUGGCUUGUUGAGAUUGAAAAGUAGAAAAAAAUCAGAGUCGUUUGAUAGGACGCCAGACAGUAAGGCUGGGCAAUCAUGUGGUUUGUGAUGUUUCGGGAACAUACAGGAAAUUUCAUGGGCAUGGUGGUUCGAGGUUUCACAUUGAUAAGCGGGAAAGGGGAAUGAAGAACUUAUACAACGAAAAAGCCAGAUGUUGAUAGGAACAUAGCAUAGUUUAGAACAGCUGUUUUUUUUUUAAAAAAAUUCUGGUGUUUGGAUGCUUUUGUUCCAAUCCAACUAGAAUAUGAUUCUGUCAUAUUUUUUCACGCCAUAUAUUUUCUCUCUUAGUUUAGCAGUACGUAGAAGAAGUUGAACUUCAUCUUCUCUGCUGCUUCCCUUUGUAGUAUUUUGGACGUGUACAUGAUGCAUUAGCUUGAUGAUCUGUACUUGAUGCUAAUUAGAGGACCAUACAUGUAUGUA